CUUUUUUUUUCUGAGAUGGAAGGUACUAUUGCCCGUACUCAUGUUGGUCUCGAAGAUAAUCACAGCACAGCUUCGAGUUUUGCUGUGGCACUUGGCAACAGCAGUUGGUCUGAUCUUCCGUCUCCAAGCUCUUGGAACAUUGAUAUUCUCGUAGAUUCAAUCAAGCAGCUUGCGCCUGGAAUCAAUUGGUUAUCAGUAAUUGAAAGCCUGGAUCAUGAAGGAUUCUACUUGCCUAAUGAGGAAGCAUUUUCUUUCUUCAUGUCUGUUUAUCGAUGUGCUUGUCAGGAUCCUUUUCCUCUCAAGGCCAUAUGUGGGUCUGUCUGGAAGAAUAUUGAGGGCCAGAUAUCAUUCUUAAAAUAUGCUGUGUCAGCUCCUCCCGAAGCAUUUACCUUUGCUCAUUCUGCGAGGCAGCUGGCUUAUGUUGAUGCGAUAUAUGGUCAUAAGCUCCAGCUUGGACAUGCAAAUCAUGCUUGGUUGUGCCUUGACCUCUUAGAUGUGUUGUGUCAAAUUGCUGAGGCUGGUUACGCUGGAUCUGUUCGCGCAAUGCUUGAAUACCCUCUCAAAUACUGUCCAGAAGUCUUGCUUCUUGCAAUGGCACAUAUUAAUACUGUAUAUAAUCUCCUGCAGUCUGAAGUCUCCCUUGCCGUGUUUCCCAUGAUAAUGAAAAAUGCUGGGGGUGUCGGCAUGAUCCUUUACCUCUGGCAUGUUAACCCGAUUCUUGUGUUGAGGGGGUUUGUUGAUGCUGCGGGUCUUGAUCCAGACUGCAUGACUAGAAUACUGGACAUUUGUGAAGAGCUUAAGGUGAGAGACAGCCGGAAGUUUUUACUGAUCCAUCCUCUAGGAUUUUUUUAUGCAUUAUAUUGCUCAGAUACCCCGACACUUCUUGUCUUUGUCUUUUCCCCAUUAAAUGGCUAAUGCAUUAGACUUAUUCACAGUGGACUACACCCUGCGUUUGCAAAGAUGGGUUAAAAAUAUCUUCAUGGAUGUCUGAUUGCAUUCCUUGAUAGGCGAGUGAUCUUUACACUGUUGACCUUAUUGUAUGUUUUGCUGUCAGUGAACCUAUAAAAACUGGUAUUGGACUAUCCUCUACUGAAAAUUGUAGAUAAGGGUCGAGAUCAUGUCUCCUUUGGUGCCCUGAACCAAUGUAAUGAAAUGUAUGAAGUGAUAUUAAGUUGCCAAUCCAGCAUUCUUAUCACUGCUGCAAUUGCUGGAUUCCAGAAAAUGCUCUGCAUGGAUCCUAGAAGAAGCAAGAUGCUCUGCAAGAACUUCAUGAUCUUAUUACCUCAAAGAGAUCCCGAGCAUGGCAAAAUACCCUUGAGAGGAUUAUGUUCAAGUACAUUGAGCUAUGUGUUGAUAUGCGGAGGGGGAGAUUUGCCAAGGAUGUUCAAGUACAUUGAGCUAUAUGUUCAAGUACAUGGAAAAUGUAAAUGAAUGUAUUUCAUUUUCAUAUUAUUAUAAUAGUUUGAUCACAUUGAGCUAUAUGUUCAAGUACAUGGAAAAUGUAGAUGAAUGUAUUUCAUUUUCAUAUUAUUAUAAUAUUUUGAUGUUCUUAAGUGCUUAA